GACAGUAAAAUGUAGUUUUCUCCUGCUCAAACUGAUACCAGUUUAAUAAUCUCUAAGGCAGAAUAAAGUAGAGGUAGAGGUGUCUGUUUGUGAGUGCAAAAGAGUUGACAUCUUCAAUACUUGACAAAAUACUUUAUCAAAAGUCUGAGGUUAUGUUGAUGUUUCAUAUUAUUGCGAAUCUUUUCCUUUAAUUCGAAAUCAAUUUGACUUGGCUACAAUAUUUUUGUUUUUUACACUCUUUUUAUAUAUUCCCGAAAGUUAAUAGUGAAAUGUCGAUCAUCAGUUGCGCAGUGGAUUUGAUGGUCCUCGUUGCCAACAGGGAAUAUACACAAAACAGUUAUGUACCAAAAAUAGAGAAUGGAAUACUCGAAAGUGUCGAAGUUAUUGGUGAACCGCCUGAUACCCUCAAUCUCUCGGGUUUGGACAUUGAAUCCAUCGCUGCUAAUGCAUUUGUGGAUUUAAUUCAUGUCAAGAUGACAAAUCUUGCAAACAACUCAUUAUCCUCUCUGCCUCAGUCAAUCUUUUCAAAUCUCCACCAACUGGAAAGUCUUUCUCUUGAGAACAACUCUAUAGAAUUCUUUGAAUUUCAGCCGUUUUCCGGGUUGAGUAAUCUCAAGCAUCUGAAUAUUUCAAAUAACCCUGUAAAACUGUUGCUCGAAGGAUGUUUACAUGGGCUUGGCAAGACAACCGAUAUAUCAACUCGAUUUACCCAUGAAAUCUCAGAGCUUCGUACCCUUGUAUUCGAAAAUAUCAAACCUCAAAAACCACGUUCAGGCACCGCUUGUCCUAAAGUGUCAACAGUUACGGAAGGCACUCCUAUGGCGAUAUUAUGUGUUGAAGACAGGAUUGUCAAAAAGCUAAAACCUCUUGAAGAUCCAAUCUCUGAAUCCCAUUGCAAAAUAGUCAAUGGUAUAAGUGUUAUAAACUCUCUGCGCUUGAGUGAUUCUGGAAUAUCUACUUUCGAAGCUGGUUGGUAUCGUCUCAAUAUGGACUCCAUUAAGGAACUGAAUUUGAUCAACAACAACAUUAUAUAUGUUACAAGUGAGCUUCUCAAUGAUUUGCCAAAAAAUAUAAAAACAGUUCUUUUGGGCAGCAACAAAAUUGUGCGCUUGGUAAAAGGAAUAAUUUGCAAUGAACACAGCCAGUUUGAAUUUGGCUGAAAAUCCUAUCAGUGAAA